GUAGGAUACAUAAACCUGUAUAAAAAAUAAACUAUUGCAAAAUAAUGAUGCAAAGUUGCAAAAACAACAGCCCUUUAAAGUUUCUGCUGUCUUACAUUUUUUUUUCAUUUUUUUUUUUAUCUAUAAUCUAUCGAGUAAAACCUUACUCAUCUUACACAAUAUAUGUAUAACUGCAAAAUAAUCCAGAAUGGAUUAGAAGAUUUCAAUGUUUAUUUUCUAAAUAUUAUACAAACUUAUCUAUAAAUUAUCACAAGACGUAACUAUCAAUACAUCAUCAGAUGUCUUGAGCCUACGACUAAAAUUCUCUAGCCAAAAUUACUCAAGAAAGUGUUUGAGAGAUGCUUUUGGUUGCUAUUCCGAAGAUCUUCAGGAAUUGCUUUGAGGAGAAUCUCCGGACAAUUGUGGGUGAACCUGACUUCUCGUAAACCCACUCCAGACACGCUUCCUCUCCUUUAUCAUACGUACAAACUGCAGGGAAUUCAAUUCUCCUGCGAGCCCUUCAUUAAACCUUUGUGGAAGCAAAAUAUUACACUGAACGGAUACUGUGAUAAACCUCUUCGAGAGCAUCCGGACGAGCACAGAAGCUCACAAUGUUGCCGGGAAAAAUAAUCUUAAGGAACUAAAACUGGUUGUUCUUCUGCCGGCAAUUUAAUCAUCAAGUGAAUAUAGAUUAUAGAAGAUAAGAAAGUCCCUCGAGUAGUAAAUUUUUAUUUAAAGGAAGCCUGUGAAGUGAAAUGGAGGUGGAGGACUACAUAGACUUGGCUUUCGUGGAAGCCCUUUUACAGAGUGAAAAAGAGGCAGAAGAAAGAAAAAUGAUGCGGGAAUUGAGGAAACAGAUAAGAGGCAAUGAAACAGGAUUGAAAAUGCCCGAGAAGAGAUUUCAGGAGCUUUUCAGAGUGUCAAAAGACAUGUUCCAGGAGAUUGUGGACCUUAUUGGAGAUGAGCUCCCACAACCACAACGAAGGAAUGCUUAUACGCUCCAAACUAGGAUCCUCGCAACCCUGAAAUUAUUGGCUCAUGGAGACUAUCAAAUUGACGUGGGACAGGAUUUUGUGAUUGGUGCAUGUCAAAGUAGAGUCUCGAAAAUGAUAUGUAGCGUACUUCCCAUAAUGGAGCAAAAAUUAUGCGCGAAGUACAUAAAAUGGCCAGAAACGGCAACAGAGCGUAAAAAAGUGAAAGAAGAUUUUUUUAAUAAAUUCAAAAUUCCUUCGACCCUGGGGGUAAUCGACGUAUCGCAUAUUUUUAUCAAAAAGCCACCGGCAGAUGAACAUCUCUUUGUGGGACGCCAUGGAAGGCAUGCGAUAAACAUGUCUCUCAUAUGCGAUGCAAAUCAACAAUUCAUUUCUGUGGAUUCCUCCCAUCCAGGAGCGACUCAUGAUUCUUCAGUGUGGGCCCUAUCUCCGGAGAGAGAAUAUUUGCAGGAAGUUUGGCGUAAUAAAGAACGUUGCUGGCUUCUCGGGGAUAAAGAGCCUUGGCUCCUUACUCCCUAUAGAAAUGCUACUGGAGAUCAAGUGACUUUCAAUCAUAAAUUCUCGACUAAACGCAUCUUAAUUGAACAUGCAAUAGGAGUACUGAAAAGCCGAUGGAAAAUCUUGUUGAGCUCCGAGCGUGUUUUGGGUUAUGAUCCCUGCAAAAUUGCUAUGAUAGCUAACAUUUGUUGUGCUUUGCAUAAUAUGUGUAAAGUUUACAAAUUGCCAGAUGUGAAGAUUAAUCCCCUUGUUGAAUAUUCCGAAGAAGAAGAAGCCCCAGAAUAUGAUUCUCAACGCACUGAUGAACUUCGACGAGUCGGAGAAAUGAAUAGAGUACUACUAAAAAGUUGUCUUUAAAGAAUUUAUUUAUUUCUUUUUAAUUUUACUUAAUUAAUGUUGUAUUUCUCUUUCUUUAACUUCAACUUCUCACUUUUGAUGCGAAUUUCCUCCCUCUUCAAUUGAAGCUCCUCCCUUUUCAACUCCAGCAUCUCCUCUUUGAUAAGCAUUUCCUUAAUUUCAAUCAAUCGAAGAAUGUUGCCAUCAAGGCUGCUUUGGGUGCUUUGAAUUCUCGACAAACGUUCUUUUAAUAAAUCUUGUAAAUCCAA